AUGCUAGAUCCAGUCACCCCUCUUCUAGACGAGGAAGGCACAAGGACCCCUCCACACACAGAACAACCUGAUCUCUCUUAUCCUGAAAUCUACCUACGUAUGUCGCUCGAGUCCCUGCUCGCUCACUCGCAUCUUACCUCCUCAACGGUCCAGACUAUGCCUGCCUCAGACCUACCCUCAUCGUCCCUCGACGACAGCUGGGCAUCUCUCAAGGAUAUUGACUCCUCAAAUGAUGACGAUCUUAGGUCCGAAGAUACAGAUGUGGGCUCGCUUCUCGAUGUACACAGCUCAGACGAUGUUCACAGUGUUGUUGAAGGGCUUGAUAUGAGUGAUGGAGAGUCUACUGAUGAGGGUAAUAUCGGAGACACUUCUACAGAAGAUCUGGGCUGCACCAGUACCCUUAAGACAUCAACGGCGAUAUUGUCCGUCCAGCAGGAGCCAACCCUCGACUCGUCACAGACUCAUGGUUUCGGCCCGGUCCAAGAUGAAGCCGAGACUGACUCCGCACACGAACCCCCUACCUGGAUCUAUACCACCACAAGACCGAUGAUGCAGGAUGAUGCUCGCAAGGUCGAUGAGAAAUUACGAGACGGGCAUGAAACCACAGAGUACAAUAGUGUCACCAGCAUGACUCUCCGGAAUGACAACUUAGACCUCAAUACUCUCGACUAUUUCAAAGUCGUUCUUCUUGGCACACAUGUUGAUCAGUUUCAACCUGAAAUUCAGAGAAAGCUUGGUGAUGCGCUGGUCUCACAGAGACUCACUGGGGAGGCCAAACGAACAUCCACAUCGAGGUAUCACCUGGUGCCAAACUCUUUUGGACCUGGUGCCGAACCAGACUUCGCCGACCUUGUUGCGAUUGACAAGCAAAUCGAUUUCGACUGUUACGACGUGAUUGAAGAGGACGGUAGCCUGGGUCCUGAUUCCCGUCUGAGAUUAAGAAACAGUCAUACAAACUCCGAAGUAGAAUCCAGAUGGGUUGGGCGCACUCAUAUGGUGGUGACGCCGCGUUGGAUACCUCCAGACCUCGCAGUUAUUUGUGUCGAGCUCGAUGAGAGACAACGUAUGGAUGGAAACAGUCACGCUUUCCUGAAGUUCGCUGCUCGCCAUAACAUUGCAAGCAUUGUUAUUAGAAUGGAUCGUGGUUGGUUUGGCCAGUACUCUGACAGCAUCUGGAGGUCGGAUUGGCUUUUCGAAACCAUCGAGCCUGUUGGUCCAGGCACAAAACUGAAGGGGAAAGUGCUGAUGAAGCAGCCUGUGAGCAUGGCAUCCUUCCUGAAUCUCGAUUCGGCAGCGUUAAACAAGCAUAUCGCCUUCGUCACAUCGACAGCAUCAGAAUUCAUCCAAAGUGCACCAUUCACGGGCAGUGAGUUCCCAGAAGAAAUGCCCAACAAGAGUCGCGAAGUUCCAGCUUCAUUUCUAGUACGCUACGCUCCCAUGAUGAAGUCUGCAUUUAUGGUACUCUGGGUGGUUUCGAUCUACGUUUUCCUUGGUGCACAGCUAUUGCCUACGAUUUAUGAUGCUCUUUCUGGCAGCUCUGGCGAUACAGUCAAAGACAUGGCAGAGCUCUUGAACAUGACACAUACCUGUACGUCGGAAAUUGCAGCCUCAACCUCUGAUGCAGCGUUACAUGAUUCCGCAAGCGUCAUGGCAGUCAGAGAUGUGAACCUUGCUACAAUCUCAAGCGGCCUUGCUUCUUCUAUGACGGCUGACGCUGUACAAUUCCAAGUUGGAAUUGCAGGCGAAAAUCAGUUGGUUGUUAGGCUGCCGAAAGUUGCAACAAGCCGAAAAAGACGUUCGUCACUAUCUGUCGUCUUGGAAAGAGACAACGAGCCAAUUCGUGCUGCUGUACAUGAGAUCUUCGAUGGGGUAUACAUCGUUCAACUUCAUCCUCGCGAUGCGUAUGGAGAUGUCAAGGUGCAUCUGGCUAUGAGCAAACCCGAUCUGAGCGAGACUUUGACCAUAUCAUUUGGAGACCGUUCGGCCUUGAGUCUACUGUACCUGAAAAACAUGCUCAAGAAGUUCGAGUCACAUUGGGAAAAGCAGAGCGGGGCGUUAUUCGGCGACAUAGCUCAACACAUACAGCCUGUUGAGGGACAAGUUCUCAGCAUGUUGCAAGGAAUGGCUGAGAAAGGAAGUCUGCAAGGUAAGAGGGCUGUUAAGCUUCUGGCCGAAAGCCUGUCGAGUACGAGGGCAACAAUGUCUAGCUUGCUUGCGACUUUACCCACGGAUGCAUUGAAGCCUCAAUUUGGCAAAGCCAUGGUUGUUCACAAGCUGGCGGCAGCACAGAAGCGGGCGCGGCAAAUCGUUGCCAAUGCUAAACACCAAGUGCAUGCAUGA